AUGGACGAGGGUUGCUGCACCAGGGACGGGGGCAGCACUGGAUGUGAUGAUAGUUUGAAAGAGAAAUUCUGGGAGGAUUUGGAUGUGGAAAUUAUGGGAAUACCAGAAUGUGAGGCGAUAUACAUUGGAGAAGAUUUUAAUGGACAUGUGGGAAGAAUGAAUGACGGAUAUGAAGGAGUGCAUGGGGGCCGUGGUUACGGAGUCAGAAAUCAAGAGGGUGAAGCUCUACUGGAAGCAGCCUUUGACUUAGCCAUAGUGAACACCUACUAUCAAAAGAAAGAACAACACCUUAUCACAUACCGUAGUGGUCAAUACUCUACCCAAAUUGAUUACUUUUUCCUAAGAAGGAGUAAAAUACAUUUGGCUAAGGACUGCAAAAUAGUAACCAGUGAGAGCCUAGUUUCCCAGCAUAGGUUACUGAUUCUAGACUUAAAUCUUAAAGUACAACGUUUGCAAAAGAACUCGAAGCCCCCACCUAGAACGAAAUGGUAUAGAUUGAGUGACAGGGAGUUAGCUGAAGAAUUUAGAAAAAGAAUAGUCGAUAAGAUGGUAGGAAUGGGUGAUAUGGCAGAGAUGAGAGUGAAUGAUUGCUGGAAUAAAAUGGCAGUAUGUGUAAGAAGUGUGGCGAGGGAUGUUUUUGGGGAAACAACAGGGAAAGGCAAGAUUGAUAGGGAUACAUGGUGGUGGAAUGAAGAUGUGCGAAUGAUUCUGAAAGAAAGGAAGAAUGCUUUUAAAGAAUGGAAAAGUGUGGAAGAGGGUAACGAUAGAGAGAAAGAAAUCAAGAGGUCAGCUGAUCUAACAAGUAAGAAGGCUAAAAAAACAGUUGCAAUAGCAAGGGCCAAGGUACAAGAUAAAUUGUAA